CGCAUGCGUUCUGGCUGUCAAAUGAUUGGACUGUCGAGAGAUCCGGAAGAAACGUGAAGGUCCAGCAGAUGGUUAUGGUUGAGGCGUAAAUACGUUCCCUCUGAAAAUGGGUGUAAAAUUAGAGGUGUUCAGAAUGAUGUUGUAUCUGUCUUUCCCUGUGGCCAUGUUUUGGGUCUCGAAUCAGGCAGAGUACUUUGAGGAGUAUAUAGUGAAAAGAAAGAGGGAGAUUUUCCCACCUAAUGAAGAAUAUCAAAGAAAAGAACUGGAGGACUUCAAAGAAAAAAUGCAUGUUCGAAAGGAGCAGCGGCUAUUAAAACAGAUGUCUGUGGAAUCUGAGAACUGAAGACUGUAUUAACAAAAUGCUGAUACACUCAGAGCUGCAAAUGAAGGAGCAUCUGACUGUGUUUUGGGGCAAAAGGAGAUGAGAGUAGAUGGACUGUAGUAAGAUUACAGUACAUUGGUAAUUUCUUCAAAUCACAUAUCCCUAAGGUGUGCUGGAUGUACUCCAAUUCUUAAUUUUGCCUGCUGUAUUUUCAAAUGUGUCUUUUUGUCAUGCCAUGUUUUGUUUCAUUGAUAAUGUCUUUUAUUUAACCAGGUGUAUCUAAUGUAAUUAAUUUAUCUCCAAGAGUUUAAAAAAUUGUGUCACUUACUGUGUAAUUUGGCUUUUUUGAUUUAUCACUCAAAAAAAUCCUUUAUUUAACUUAGAAGUGAAACAAAUAUAUUUAUAAACUCUUUUUGUGUAUAAGAUCUGGAUAGCCUUCGCUUUCUUUUAUUUAGAAAAGAAGACUUCCCCUUUGCAAGCCAUACUCAACAUAUACACUAGUCUGAUUUCUGUUACAAGUGACAAGAUUUUAUUAUUUACCAUUUUUGUUAUUUGUGCAUUAUGUGUUCAAAAUCUCCCUUGCUAUGUGGAAGGACAACAACCCCUAAUAUCCAACAACACUCUGAAAAUGGCAACCAUUUAGAGACACAUUUCCUGUUAUGUGCUGAUUUAGUCAUUUUAUUACCACAAUGUGCAACCUCACCCACAUUUGUAUCGCCAACACAACUCUCCCAACAUUAUUUUGCAAAGUCACAGGCACUAAGCACUGCCCAAGAGCCAGACAAGAAACCCAGACAAAUUUUACAAAAUUUUAAUAUUCACGAGCCACAGUGGAUUUAGCCAGACCAAUCUGCAGCGCUGGCACAGUGCUAACAAAGUGUGGAGAGGGUCCAGCUGUACAAGACUACUUAUGCACUGCAGUCAUAUAUCUCUCUGUGAUGUAUAUUUCAGCAUAUUAACCUUAACCAAAUAAUUUCUACAGCAUGGUAUUACCACAGCAUUCUUAUCUUUCUCUUAAUACAUAAAAUGGCAUUAUUAUGACAAAAAAAAAUCUUUUUUCUUUAGACAAUUCUGUUUUGCAAUUUGUGUCAGACACCCCUUCAAACAAAUAAAAACUUUUUUUGCA